CCGUUAGUACUACUAUUGCGUUGUGUUUACGUGAAAAAGAAGCGUUCAAGAUAAUCUUGAUAUAGAGGUAUGAUUAAGAUAUGAAGUCAGUGGCACUGCCGUCAACCACCGCGCGAGAAGAGUGUGAAAUCCCCCUCCCCCCUAAAAAAGAAAAUGGACAACUGGCUUGAUUUAAUGAGAGUAUUGCAUGUAUGUGUUUUGCUUCUUAGUUUUUCAACCAGUGCCUUUACAACUGAAGACAAACAACAACAAUUAACUGAAGGUUAUCUUCAACUCAAGGAAACCAUGGAAAGCUUGUUAGCUAAAGUAGCUCAACUUGAAACGAAAAACGCAGAACUCGAGACAAACAUCCAACAUGACUACAAACUUAGGCAAGCAUUGGCAAGUAGAGUGUACGAACUAGAAGCCAACGUAUCGCAACUAGAAACCACAACGAAAAAGCUACAGUCACUUGUUAGUUCCUCGCAAAGGGAGCAUCCUUUACCAACCAUUAGUCCCGCCGUGGAUUCCACCGGUUCUGGCGUAGAGGACGUAGCUCUAAUGCCCACAUCCUGUAGAGAUCUUCGACGACUCGGACAUGUCUUGAACGGACUCUAUUCCGUCGUAGGAGUAACCAUGAUCGAAACAGUUUUCUGCGACUUUGCAAAACUUCCUGACGAUGCUGGCUUCCAGAAGUGGAUUGGCUACACUGACGUCAAGUCGAUGCCAACUUAUUUCUACGUUCAGAGGGACUAUGGUUUCUCAACCGUUGGGAUUCCUAUUCCGUUUCAUCUUGAAAGACUCAACACAGGAAACGCCAUGAAUUUAACAUCGGGAAUAUUCACGGCCCCACGACAAGGAAUUUAUUUCUUCUCUUUUUCCGGAGUAGCGUACUUUCCAGCGUCAUACUCCUAUGUUUAUUUAGGAGUUGGACUUUACAUGAACGGCGAUCUAAUUGGAUUGGGUUGGUUCGAACAGGCUUAUGUUGACAUGCAUCAGUACAGCCCGUUAAGUCUUCAAUCGACUCUCAACUUGCAACCGGGAGAUGAAGUCUGGUUGCAAAUUUACGGAUUGUCAUCAGGAGUACUUCUUUCUGAUGGCACUGGCCAUUACACGGAUUUCACCGGCUGGAUGCUGGAGGAAGACAUUUCUCAGUCGUUGUCAACAUACUGACGUAGCUGUUACCAAUCCCUGGAUCUCAGUACUACAGCUGCUAAAUGUUGGUAAAAUGUGUAAUACUAUGCCUUCAUUAUUCCAAGCAAAAGAAAAAAUGAUAACGAAGA